GAAAUCGUUGCCGAAUUUUCAGGAAGUGAGCCGAAAAAAUGGCCUAAAACAACACCAUUCCUCCAUUUCCAUAUGGUUUGGUGUGUAAUCGAUGUGAAUAAAUGUUCUUAUGCCUAUGCAGACAAUAUUUAGUAGUUGAUGAAAGAGAAACUGUGUAAAUUUGACUUGCAGUGACAUCCAACCAGUCGACAUCUCAAAAAUCCAUGCAGGGACAGAGUCUGACACCAACAGAGUCCGAGUGAGACCGCCUGACACGAAAGUGACAGUUUGAUCGCAGUCUACUCAGACUGAUGUGUGACACAUGACGGUGAUGUUGGUGGGCUGAUCAGUACGGUAGCUAUGUGCACCACUACGCCUACGGUUGGUUGCCUUGCAGUUGCACACGGUCAUGUCAUUGACAUUGUGACAUUGUCAGUCAUGUUUCUACUUUCUUCAGUGCCAUUUUUUUGGUGAGCUUCUAGCUUUCAUGACUCAAACAUGAAAAGACAACCUGUUUCGACAAGCUGGCAUAGAGAAAAUGACAGUGUUAUCCAAGAUAUGGCCAGAAGUGACUCUGGUGAUGUGCUGCAGCGGUUUGGAUCUUUCAGUGAUGAAUUCUAUGAAAUCAGCAGUCAAUCAAAGACACAUACCGGUAGUUCAGUAGGCAGAAAUGGUGGGUAUGCUAACAUUUCAGAUGAAGCUGAUAGAAACUCUCCAUUUAGAGUGAGUCAAACAUCAGUUGAGUCCUAUAGCAGAAGUCCAUCUGGUAAAUCGCCACCAAUUUGGCACACCGGUAUAUCUCCCAGAGCGCCUUCCAAUGGUGGAAAUCAGAAUCCUGUGACUUCAACUCUGCACUCUUUACAGCCAGAUUCUGGAUUUGAGUCUGGAAAGAACUUUGCCGAAAAGAUGGAUGUGUUUGAUUGUGAUGGUGAUGAUGAUGCUGAGGACACUGAUGGUCCACCUCUAGCUCCUGCUUCACCAGAAAUGGAACAGGAACUUUGCCUUGACAUGGUGUGUUCUAGGUAUGACACACGGCGACGAGAAAUGGCAGAGUGGCAGCAUUCAUCCGAGACUUGUUCAGGUCACCCAUCUUCGAUGAUGUUACUUGACUCUUGGAGUGAUACAGCACUGGCUACCAGUGACAGGAGCAAAAUUUACAGCAGAACUAAUCAAGGAAGUGAUCCUCGAAAGAGCAGUUGUGAUAUAGCUUCUGAAGACAAACAUCUGGAAGACAAGACAUCAGAUGUCAAAACAAGGGAAAAAUCGGGAAGAAGUAAUAGAAUUCAGUCUUUUACCUCCUGGUCAGAAGCAGAUUCUUCUAAAAGUCUGUGUUCUUAUCCUGAUAGUCAAGAUGUCAGAGGCCGACAAGUUCCGAUUGAUGAAGACCAUUCAUUUGCUUCAUGGUCUGUUAUGCCCGAAACCAGUUAUGUAAAUAGAGAAAAUGCAAAGAAAGAUGACAUCUUACCAAACAGUCCAACACGUGGUGCAGGAACUGAAUCAAAUGGUGCUAAAUCUAAGCUUAACUUGAAAGACAGGCUUGUUGCGACCUUCAGUCCGACACCAAGAAGAAGUACUCCACCGUCAAUGACUCAAUCACUUGUUGGGCCGGAUGAUGUUCGAAAUAUCAGAGGGCAACGCCUCCAGGGAAAUGAUUUCCAUUAUGUUGGUUUGAAUCGAGGGCAUGGAGGAGGGAAUUUCUUUACGGUUCCUUUGAGUGCGAAUGGUAUUCAGCUCCCAGACAAUUAUGGACAGGUGGACCAGAGUGAAAAGUUGAAAACAAAGAUGAUGUCGUUUUGGAACAACAUGAAGUAUGGUUGGACAGUAAAGACCUCAACCACCUUUAGUGAUGACAAGCCCUUGUUUCUCUUGGGAAAAUGUUACCAUCGAAAGAUUGAUGAGUCUGAAUCUGAGAGAAGAAAACCUUCCAGCGUUGACCAGUUCAAACAGGAUUUCAUCAGUCGCAUUUGGUUCACAUACCGUCGGGAGUUCCCCCAACUUGCUGGCUCAACCUUCACCACUGACUGUGGCUGGGGAUGCAUGCUCAGGAGCGGACAGAUGAUGUUGGCUCAAGCACUGGUGCUACAUUUUCUUGGGCGAGAUUGGCGAUGGCAUGCUCCACAGACAUUUGAACAAGAAGCCUAUCAUCGACAGAUUGUGAAGUGGUUUGGUGAUUUGCCGAGCGAUCAUAGCCCAUUUUCUGUCCAUCGUUUGGUACGAUUUGGUGAGAGAUGUCUCAACAAGAAGCCUGGGGACUGGUAUGGGCCGUCAUCUGUCGCUCAUAUCAUGAAGGAUGCCAUAGAACAGGGUUGUGAGCUGAACCCUCUGCUUGGCAAAAUCUGUCUCUACAUUGCACAGGAUUGCACAGUUUUCAUUGAUGAUGUAAUGGACCUGUGCAUGUCUCGACCACGGUCAUUCUCCCGAAGUGACACUUCAUUCGAAGGCUCUGACGACCAUUCAGCUCGUUCAGAGGACACUUGGCGCUCAGUGAUAAUCUUGAUUCCCAUUCGCCUUGGUGGAGAAACACUAAAUCCUAUCUACAUUCCAUGUGUGCAAAGUUUGUUUGCCCUCGAUAGCUGUAUUGGGAUCAUCGGAGGACGGCCGAAACAUUCACUCUACUUUGUAGGCUGGCAAGGAGACAAGUUGGUUCACUUAGAUCCCCACUACUGCCAAGAUGUGGUUAACAUGAAGAAGAGAGAAUUCCCCCUCUAUACCUACCAUUGCAUUUCUCCCCGGAAGAUGUCGUUCACGCGCAUGGAUCCCAGCUGCACUGUGGGCUUCUAUUGCAGAACGAAAGAAGACUUCUUCACCUUCAUCAAAACCACUAAGCCAAUCGUAGCACCUCCCAUGCAGAAAAGUCCAUAUCCAAUGUUCAUAUUCGUUGACGGCCGGAGUUCAGACAAAGACCAAGGUGAGCACCUCCAGCGGGAAGAACGUUAUGUCAGGGUACGCCACCUGGACGAGUUCGGGAGGACACGGUCUCCGUCACACUCGUCAGAGGAAUUUGUUUUUCUGUGAUAACUGUAUAAGGAAGAGGACUUCAGGUGGCUUUCAUCACCAGUAGGAGUUGUGAAACUUGGAUUAUGAAAUCACUAUUGUACAUUUGUACCUGAUGUUUGAGAGUGGACAGUGCAUUCUGACAAUCCUUGCUUAUAAUCAUCCACAGGACCACUAUAGACAUGUCUAAGCUGUAGGCUCUAAAGUGAAUCGCUUUGUACCAUCAAUAUAUGUUUUCUCCAUCUGACUAUGUUGAUUUGAGCAUUGUAAUGUCGUAAUGACCUCAUAAUGCAAGAAAAACUACUAUAGACACUUAAAUAAUUAGGUUGCAUCAACCUGGACUAAUCAAAAACGGAUGUAAAAUGUUUGUAAAUAGAUAUGGGCUUUGAGAAUAAGAUGUAAAAGAGAUGUUGAUAUGUACUGCCUUUUAAAGGCUGUUGAAUAUUUAGGAAAAUGCUGUUUGGUUCAUUGGUCAGAAGGCUUGAAUUAAAAACUGAGAGUUAGAAGUUCAGACCCGUGAGAAUACCUUGGCCAUGUACAUUUUCUGAUACAACCUGUAUAAUGUCUCUGAUUACAUUGGGCUUCAUGUGGAAUGCUUUUAACAAUUUUACCUACACAAGGUAUCCUUUUCAUGACAAAAUUGAAGAUAAACUCUUCAUUUAGCCCCACCAGAUAAGGCUUUUUCAGAUCUGAAUACUUGUAUAUGAUUCAGAUGUCAUGAACUGGGAUGACAAUUGUGUGCUUGUAUAUACACGGUGUAAAUUCCAAUUUCAUGUUGAUAGCAGAGUCAAGUUUGAUUAUUUUAUGUUAAGAUUUUCAGGGAUUUGUUAAAUGAA